ACGCUGCUGGUGAACAGCGAGGGGCUGUACAAGAUGAGCCGCCUGUACGUCACCCCCGACGGCUUCUUCUUCCGAGUUCACAUUCUCGUUGUGGACACUUUGAACUGCAGGAAACCGUGUCCAGACUUCAAACUUGGCAACAGAUACAUCGUGAUGGGUCAGAUCUACCACAAGAGACGACAGAUCCCUGCGGAGCUGCUGCCGCUCCUGCGCGGGCGCCUCAGGCCAGGGGAUGGUUUGCUUGGGAGCAGCAGCAGCUACGUGAGGAGAUUCAACAGAAGGAGGAACCACAAGGUGCAGGGGGCUCACAACACAUGCAGAUAA